GGUCAGGAUUGUCAUGGACAAGUUCAUCGAGUACGACGCAGGCUUCGACGCCGCGAACUCGGAGGUUUUCGCGGAGCGGGACAAGCAGCUGUCACGGCCGAGCCCGCUGGACGUCUCUCCAGACAAAGAGGAAGAUGGGUCCAGCGCCAGCUUCAAAAACGUGGAGAAGAGAAGCCUUAGGGACGUGCCUUCCCGCGAGCUUCAUGCCUCCUACGCGCAGUGCUACUACGAGCCGGGCACGAAGUGCGUGGAGCAGCUGAAGAGCCAGAACCUCUGGGGCCUCGACCGGCUGGACGGCGGUGCCGCCGUCACGCUGGACAAUCAGUACGAGGUGCGGUACAGGAUGGGCGAGGGCGUGCACGUGUACGUCCUGGACACGGGCAUCAAGACCACGCACAGGGAGUUCCGGUUCUUCGGGAGCCACGGCGACCUCGACGAGGACUUCCGGCGCGCGAUCCCGACCAUCGACGUUACCAGCGGCACGCUGAAGGAAUGCGACCCGACGGACCGGGAGUGCGCGGUGGAUCGUAACGGUCACGGCACCCACGUUUCGGCGACCAUCGGCGGCGUUCUGUAUGGUGUGGCGAAGUACGCGACGCUUCACGCGUGCAAGGUACUUGACGACAACAGCCGUGGCACUGUGUUCGGCUUCAUGCGAGCCCUGAGCUGGGUCCAGGCGAAAGCCAUAAGGCCAGCGGUCGUCUCCGCCAGCCUGUCCGCCCCGGGCGAGAGCCUUUCCAUCGAGAGGGUAAUAGACAGCGUCACGCAAGCGGGCAUCACGGUGGUGGUUGCGUCUGGCAACCAG